AUUUAUAAAAGCUUAACCAAAAACUUUAAUAAUAUUUAUAUUUAGACGUGCAGAGGUUCUAACAUAUUAAACUCCCUUAAACCUCUAAUAACUCGUUCAAUUUGCUUCGUUUCCAUAAUAGCUAGUGUAAUGCGACCAUUUCUUACUAUAACCUUUACUGUAAGUUGUCACUUGUCAAGAAUUUACGAAAGGUUUACAUCAUAGGCGACACUAUUACUAUUCUAGCGUUUUGGCGCGAAAUCUAAAUUGUAUUUUUUAAAAGGCAAUCAUUCCCUCAAAAUCUUCAGUUUUUUGUAUAACAUAUGAGUUAUUUUGUAUAAAGAUAGAAUGUAAGAGUAUGGUGAAGUGUGGCCUUUAAACUAGCCUAAUAACGCGCGAUUAUUGCACCGCACUGGAAUCAUAGCCGAUGCAGCGUAAAGCGCUACACUGUGAAACGCAUCGAAUGUAAACAUAAUACGAGUAUAAUUACUCCGACGUGUAUGCGGCAGUUCAGUCGACCACAAACUCUAACACGGAGUGAAUACCCUUUUGUUUCCUCACGCAUUGUACUCAUCGGCUCGUGCGUUGUUAUCAAAUUGAUCGAUUGAUUUUCUGUAGUUUACACUUGCUAAAUUGAAUAAAUUAAGCAUAAAUCUUAAUUUAUUCAUGUGAUUAAUAUGAAAAAUACAAACAUACAUAUUUUAAAAUAGUAACGCUGGAAAUUGUAAGUGUGGAUGCCAGCUAUGGGAGAGCUAGCUACUCGUGACACUUUUAUUUUGGCAAAUCAUCCCUCAAGACAACAUUUAGUGCAGUUCAGCAAAAUGAGUCCAUUUGGUUACUUAGUGAGAAUUAAAUUCCAUUAUGAAAGUAUUAAAAUUAUGUUCACUUUUUGUAACAACAUUUUAGCAUUAUAUUAACAUGUUACUUUUAAUUAUAGGUAAUUCAGAACAUACUUUCAGAAAAUAGAUGAUGACUCCAAUUACUACUUUCCCAGACUCACAAGAAGUUCAUUACACCAUUGCACAUGUGAAGACAAGAAACGAAAUUGAGAGGACAAUUGGACUUUUAAGAGCUAGAUUCCGUUGUCUGCUCGUGCACAGAGUACUUCAUUAUCGCCUUGAGAUGGCUACGUCUUUAGUCAAUGCUUGUAUGGUAUUGAACAUGAAUGAAUAGGUUUCAAAUAAAUUUUCACCAGUUAUAUAAAUUCCUUUACGACGAUAGUUAGCGCCAGUCGUCUAGAGACAUUCGUUGAAGACACAUCUAAGCAAAAUUAAGCUUGGUUUAAUAAGAAGAAAAAUUCAUGAAUUUUACACCGUGAAGAAAGAAAUACGAACAAUAUCAAGUUGCUCAAUAUUUUACAAGAAGAAAUUGACUUUAAAGCUAAUGAAUAUCUUAGAAAAAUAUUGCGUAAAAUUGGUUUUCGGUACAGAAAAAAAAAACAAAAUCGAAUCGAAAAGUCCUUAUUGAACGCAGUGAUACUCGUAUAUUAACAUGGAGGGCAUUAUAUUAUUAUAUUUGCAAAAAAAAACUGAAAAAAGGAAUUGGUUAAAACAUAUUUGGACGAAACAUAUAGUAUAUUGAUUCGUCACAUACUGCUGGUCGUUGUUGGCAAUGAUAAUAUUGAUGGUGUUUUAAACACCGUUUCAAAGAGAAACUGCUGGAUAAUAGUUCAUGAGGGAGCAGAAACAGGGUUUGUGCGAAACGGGUUAGGGGAGAGUCGGGUAGCCCCGGCCGGCGGGUACCCUCGGUCAGUGCUAGUUACAGGAAAGUUCGCACACAUACAUGCACAAGUGUCACAUCCACACGACCGCAGCACCAUUUAGCCGUAUAUUCAUAUCAAACGCGCUGCGACUGAUGUGCGAACAACACGUGACAUUCGUUUGUUUAACAGUACCUAUACUUUUGUGUGCGCCGUUUACUUUUUGAGUGCGGUUAUUGGUUAUACAAUAUAAUGCCAAAAUUCAAAGGAAGGAUUACGCCUAGAGGAAAUUGGGACGAAAAUAAAAUGAAACAGGCUAUAAGAUGUGUACUGGAAAAAAAGAUAUCGGUGAGAGAAGCAGCUGAGAGAUAUGAUGUGCCGAGAAGCACCCUUCAGGAUCGGAUAAAAGCUGUCGGUAGUGGACAAGAAGCACAGUUCAAGCCAACACUAGGAAGAUAUGAACAUACCUUCUCAGAAAAUCAAUCACUGCAAUUAUAUAACCAUGUCAAAGACCUCGAUAAUCGCCUGAUGCCGCUGACCAAAGUAGAGUUUUUGAAAUUGGCAUUUCAAUUUGCAGAACGUUUAAAAAUACCUCAUAGGUUCAAUAAAGAAAACAAAAUGGCCGGCAAAGAUUUUUAUUAUAGCUUCAUAAAGAAAUACCCAGAUAUUGCUCUCAGAAGUCCAGAGUCAACCAGCAUUGCAAGAGCCGUUGGGUUUAAUAAACCACAAGUCUAUCGGUUUUAUGAUCAGCUCCACCAACUACAAGAUAAAUACAAAUUCCCUGCCUCCAGAAUAUACAAUGCUGAUGAAACGGGGGUCUCCACUGUACACAAGAAUGAGAAAGUUAUUUCUACUAAGGGAAAAAAGCAAGUUGGCAAGUUGACUUCUGGUGAAAGAGGACGAAACAUUACACUGAUGUUUGCUAUGAGCGUGUGCGGCCAUUUUAUACCUCCACUUUUUAUUUUCCCGAGGAAAAGGAUGGAUAAAAAUGGUCGUUUGAUGAUUGGAGCUCCACCAGAUAGCAUUGCUAUUCCACACGAAAGUGGUUGGAUGAAUGGUGAGAUAUUUUUAAUGUGGCUCCAGCAUUUCAAACAGCACGUACAGCCUUCGAAGGAGAACCCUGUCCUUCUGAUUCUCGAUGGACAUGGAAGCCAUAAAGAGUUGGCAGUGAUAGAAUUUGCUCGAGCUAAUCACAUCCAUAUGAUUAGCACUCCACCACACACAACACACAAGGUGCAACCUCUGGACAGGGUAUUUUUCAAGCCGUUUAAGUCUGCAUUUGGUUCAGCAAGCGCAAUGUGGAUGAGACAAAAUCCAGGGGCUAGGAUCACUGAUUAUGACAUCGCUGCUUUAGUCAAUUCAGCUUUCGUUAAGGCAGCGAGACUAGAAAUAGCACAGAAUGGGUUCAAAUGCACAGGGAUUUAUCCAUUCAAUAGGGAAAUUUUCAGUGAUUUGGAUUUUUUGCCAUCAUUGAUGACCAAUAUUGAACAGGAACCAGCUUUUUCUGAAGAGACAGUCGUGGGAUCACAGUUAUCAACUAGUUGCAAUCAGCAGAAAUCCAGAUGCUGCAAUCAACAGUCAUCCUCUAGUGGUACCCAGCAGCCAUCCACAAGCUGCACCCAGCAGCCAUCCACUAGUUGCACCCAGCAGCCAUCCACUAGUUGCACCCAGCAGCCAUCCACUAGUAGUAACCAGCAACCAUCUACCAGUCUUAUAUCACACCCAUCAGCCAGUGGCAAUACGCAGCCAUCAUUUAUGCCCGCAUCAACGUCAGAAAUUACAGAAUCAACUGCACCUGCUACUGUAAAUGAAUUGCUUAAGCAGUUGUCCCCUCUUCCCGAUGCAUCCAAGAGGCGUCUUGCAGCGCGUUCACGAAAAACACAAAAAAGUGAGAUUCUGACAUCUUCGCCCUUCAAAAAUGCGUUGGUAGAGAAAAAGGCUGCGACCAACACAACCAAGGCUGCAACCAAUAAAACUACAACGAAUAAAAGAAAGGCGGCAACUAAUAAAAUGAAAACAAAGAAGAAUAUUCAAAGUUUGACUCAGCUAGAAAGAGACCACGAUACAGAAUGCAUAAUUUGUGGAGAAACGUUCGAGGAAGAUUGGAUCCAGUGUCAUAGAUGCAAAGACUGGGCGCACGAAGCGUGUGUGGAUAUUGAUCCAUCGCUGGCUUACUACUAUUGUGACGUAUGCAAGGCUAAAGAACGAUUUGGUCAUCAGUAAUUCUAUGUCCGGGGCUACCCUCCAAAAAUUAUUUUAACAAAUAUUGAAGACUGCUUUUGAGACUUGAUUUAAGCUAAUAUAAUAAAACUAUCAGUUUCUAACUUAAUUAAUAUUAUAAGAUAUAUGUUUAGUUUAAGUUAAAGUUUAAAAAUAAAUGUUUAUUUCGGUUGAUUUUCUUGACAGAGUUGACUCUCCCCUACUUGUUUUUAAAUCUAACACAAAAAGUGGAGAUUAUCAUGAUGACAUGAAUAAUAUUAACUUUAAACAGUGAGCUAUUGAAAAAUUUAUGCCUAAUUUACACUAAAAGUGUAUUAUUGUCAUGGACAAUGUUCCUUACCACAGCAUUUGCAGCAAAAAAUGUCCCAAUUUAAAUUGUAAGAAAGCUGAUAUGCAGAAGUGGCUUUCAGCUAAUAAUAUUGGAUUUAUAGAAAACCUCAGUUGUACCAAUUAAUAGAGACACAAGCCAACCCAUGAAUAUGAAAUAAAUAUAUUAUUUAAAGACAAUGGUCAUACCGUUCUUAGAUUGUCACCGUAUCGUUGUGACCUUAAUUCGAUAGAAAUGAUCUGGAGUUCAAUAAAACGAAAUUUGUCAGAACUAAAUAUUAAAAAGACAGAUGUUGAAAUGCCCCAGAUAGUUGUAGAUGCAUUUAAUAAAAUAACAGUUUCAGAAUGGCAACAAAAUUUGGCCAUGUGAAAAAAAAAAAUCGAAAAGAUUAUGGAAAAAACGAUAAAUAAUUGAAUGUGCCAUUUAUAGUCAAUUUAGGUAGCGACAGCGAAAGUGAAAGCAGUGACUCUGACGAUGAAUGGAAUGGAUUCAAUAACGGUACUACAGGAAUUCUAGGUAUUCAGCCUAUAAACUACGAUAAUGAUAAUUAUCUACAGGACUCUAAUUAUAGUAUUAAAAUAUAAUUAAUUAUAAUGAUUUGUUUUCAUAAAGCGGCCCGUAUAGUUAUUAACCCAGAUGAACCUACAGACCUAUGCAUGGGUUAGCAAAAAUAAAAAAUUCUAACCUCAUUAUUUGAUUUAUUUAAACCAAGUUACCAUUUUAGAAGCUUUAGUCGAUCACUGUUAAUUGUAGUGACAAGUAACACAGUGAAUUGAUUAUUUUCUUGGUGUUUCACGUGAUUGAAUAUAUUUUUAUUGGAAAUUAUACAUGUCUUCAAAAAUAGCGCUAUAUAGGCACUUCUCGCUGGAGCUGUACAUAUAUAGCAACAGCUGA